UCUUGCAUCGCCGCCUCCGCGUUGAGCCAGCUUUGACAAGACGAAUCGAUGGCGGCCGCCCCAGCCGUGUACCGGCGGGUGAUGAAGGCGGUGCAGAAGCACGUCGGCGGUGGCGCCGAUAAGAAGCACUUCCGCGAGUUCGUGGCCGCCGAGUUCCGCAGCCCCGUCGGCACGGAGGCCGAGGCCAGAGCGGGGCUGCGGCUGGCCGAGGACUACGCGUACCAUAUCACCAGCAUCCAACACCAGAAGGAGUUGCUAUUCUCAUAUAAUAUAGCUGUGGACCGAUCUGAGGAAAUGAAGAAGACAUUGAACAAAUCUGCUGCCAGUGUAGGCCUUCAGCUUCCAGAUGUCUACCAGCCAUGAGAGCUUCUUUUCUACAAGUCUGCGACCCGUGGUACUGUUUUCUGGGCAACUUUGCUUGACUUACGAAAUUCCAGUUGUUCUGGAAAGUUUAGCUUGCUAGCUGUAAGCGCCUGUACUCUUCCCAAUAAUGAGCUGUAGCAUUGAUUUUGUUGAUGCUUUACACUACCUUGUAGCGUAUGUGUUCCUUUUGAAGUUAAUUUAUGAGAAUCCAUCAUUUUCCUGUUGUAAUUUGCACAGAAUCUAAAUUGCUUUUUGGUGGGCUGUUUGUUUCUGUGA